GGAUACGCCAGUAAUUCCGCCCUAUCGCAAGAUGGCGGCGGGUAGCGGGAGGCGGCGGGGUGUGCUGCGGCUGCUGAUGCGGAUCGGGUCGGUACUGCUCACGCGUUUCCCGUUCUGGCACUGUCUCAGCGGCCUUCUCCUUAAUGCCGAGCGCGCCGAGGUUCGCCGGAAACCAGACAUCCCUGUCCCAUUUCUCUACUUUGACAUGGGUGCAGCAGUUUUGUGUGCCAGCUUUAUGUCCUUUGGUGUGAAACGCCGAUGGUUUGCUCUGGGAGCUGCUCUCCAGUUGGCUAUCAGCACCUACGCAGCAUAUGUUGGAGGCUAUGCACAUUAUGGAGACUGGCUGAAGGUGAGAAUGUAUUCACGAACAAUAGCCAUAAUAGGUGGACUUCUGAUCUUGGCAAGUGGUGCAGGUGAGAUCUACCGCCAGAAACCACGGAACAGAUCAUUGCAAUCUACGGGGCAAGUUUUCAUUGGAAUCUAUCUCAUCUGUGUGGCCUACUCUCUUCAGCACAGCAAAGAAGACCGCCUGGCCUAUCUUGGUGGUGUCCUGGGUGGGGAGAUCCUUUUACAGCUUCUCUUCGUUCUCUACGGUGUCCUUGCUCUCUCCUUUCUAUCUGGUUAUUACAUCACCACAGCUGCUCAGAUCCUGUCGGUAAUUCUCCCUCUGGUCAUCCUCUUCAUUGAUGGCAAUCUUGGCUACUGGCAUGAGUCUCGCAGAAUUGAAUUCUGGAAUCAAAUGAAGUUGAUUGGCCAGAACGUUGGGGUUUUUGGGGCCUCCAUCAUUUUGGCCACGGAUGGCUGAGCAUAAUCCAGGGGACUUAAGGAACUUUGCUUGAUUCCAGGCCAGGGAGAGAAGACUUCCAGAGAAGGGACUGGGAUGAUUUUAAUUAAUUGCUUAUUUAUUUUUGGUUUUACUGCAUUGUUGAAACUCUUUGCUCCUUUCCACUGGCAGCUAAAUGAAUUUAUAUUCUUUCUUUAUAAUGCGGGAUCAUUUCUAUUUUUUUAAUUUUAUUUUUGUUAAGGGCAGUUCAGCAGCUGUCCUAUUUCGUGAGCAAUAGAAAGUGAAAGAUUUAGAUCUUUAAUACAUCUGUGAAGAUUCGGGGUUUUAGUGCCCCCUAGUAGAAUUGAUUUAUAUUUUUUUUCGCAAAGUUUCAGAAACUUAAAGAAAAUUUGAACAAAAUUUUCACUUGGUGUGCUGCUGGGCCUGAAAAACACUCCUGGGUUGAGGAAACAGAGACAGAGAUAGUUUGACUCAUUUUACUUUGGAUUCAAGAGUAUGACUAUGAUGGUAGUGGUUGUCACAGAAUGUGCAGUUUUUUUAUAUCCAGUGAGGCUUGUGGCCAUUGAUAAUUCUUAAACAGGUUAACAUAACUAGUAGAAUCUAUUUGCAUUGGUUGACUUCUACUCUACCUGUAUGAACACAUUUGUAAAAUUGUAUUAUAUCCUUCCAGACAGUCCAAACAAUGACCAAUUGGGUAAAAUAUUUUAUUCAUAAUGGGUUUAGGAGUAAAGAGACCCCUACCCCACCCCCAGUAUUUAUACAUUUAGUGUAUCAGCCAGGAUGCUAAGACCACUUACUGCUAAAACUGGAUGGUAAAAGGAAAGUCUGAUUUUGUAUAAAGUUCCUAUAGAACAUGUCAUUUAGAUUGGAUUCCAUCAAGCUGCAAAUGGAGAAAAAGAAAUUUGGAUAUAAUUUUCCUUGAUUUAGAUGCCUCAAAUUUUGUGGUACUGGAACUAAUCAGGAUAGAUAAGAUUUGAAAUGGUAGACUGCUGCACCUAUGCCUCAUGAUUUUUUAAAUUAUACCCCUGUCCUAUAACAGAAAAUGAUGGAGCGAAUUUGCAGUCUGUGAUUUUAUGCUUUUUUAAGGAAGAGAGCGGGAAUGGGAGGCCUUUAACUCCUCUAUCCCCAUCCCUAAACUUUGGAAAACCCACUUUUUAGACUAAUUUUAGCUCAUUUUUAAGUACUUUCUUCUGGAGGAAGGUUAAGAGUGGAGAAUAGAAGUGAGAGGAAAAACAUUCCUGUUCCCAUCCUUUCAAACCUCCAUAAUGCUCCCAAAUUGCCAUUUUUUUGCACCAUUUUUGGAGAUUUUUAAAUGUGGGAGAAAGUGGGAGAAGUUUGUCUCCCAGAGGUAUCAAAAUUUGGAAUAUGUUAAAAACCCAGAAUGUGCCAAAAUCCAGGAAAAAUUGGCCUGCGAGAUAGCAGUUUGCGACCAUUAUGGGAGAUGAGACUUAAGGACGCAAGUGGGAGUGAGAGGCCCGUGAAUCCACCACUUCUGCCAAGGGCAGAUGAAAGACAUAGAACCUCAGAUCACUGGCUCAGUUUUAUAUCUGUGUGAGUAGUGUGGGGAAAUGAGAUAAAAAUGACUGACAUUGGGUGGAAUCAGGGAAUUUGGGAAUAACAUAAUUUGGAUCAAACAAAAUUAUGCUUGAUACUGAGGAUUGCAGGAAUAGAAGAAUGGGUUUUCUCAAACAUUGAAACUCUUCAAAAUGUUAACCUCUAGAAGAGGUUGCUGCCUAACAAAUAUAUUGAUUUUCCCCCCCUCAUUGGUAGAUUAUGUUACUAGAGGACCAGAAUCUUCAGAGAGUCCGUUAAAGUAGUAGGCUGCCAUAGUACACGCUUAAUCACCUCCAUUCUUGCCCCAAUUCUGAAUCAGGUUUUCUUUCAGUUGACCAUAUGUGAUCUAGAUACAGUAAAAUCCAUUACUCAUAAUAAUAUUUAUGCAGCUUUUCCUAUCUCUGUAAUUAUAUUCUUCAGGCCAGAAUAUAUUCAGACUGCUUCUUUCCAGAACACAUUUUUGACAAUAACCUUGUCUGAAAUGUAAUUUGCAUUUGGAAAAAUCUAGUGUACAUCCUGAGGUGUAAGGAUGGAAUAUUUUUAUUCAGAGGAUCUCAAGGAAUUUACUCAGGAAUCAUUGGGUUAGAAUCCAGCGCCAUAAUGGGUUUUUAUAUGUAUUCACUCUCAAAGGAGAGAUGCAGGAAUUUGGAAAAUGCUGCCAUUCCGGAAUCAUAGCCUAUUUCAGCUGUCUUAGCCAUACACUAUGUUGCCUUUUCCUCCUCAUUGGCAGGUAACAUUGAAUUGGUGCAUUUUCAGGGUUUCCUAAUCCGUAUUCUGCAUUUGGAAGUUUAAAAGAUAAUAAACACACUUUUCUAUUAAUGUAUUUCUCUUUUAUUCCCAGUGGCUGUUUUGUUUCCUUUCUUAACAGUUUGCUGAACCCCAGUAGCCCAGUUAUUAGCAAUGCACCAACAAUUGUAUGAAGUACAAUUCUUCUAGACAACUUCAGCAAGAAAGAUAAGAGAGACAACAAUUUGUGUUCCCAAAUUCCAAGAUCAUUUAUAUAUUUAGAGAUCCUUUAUUAUACAGAUAAUCCUUGAAAUAAUAAUAAUAAUAUUAUAUAAUUAUAUAACAUAAUAAUUAUAAAAAGUUGGAAGGGACCUUAGAGUUCUUCUAGUCCAACCCCCUGAUCAGGAGGAAAUGAUCAUUUGCUUAGCAACUAUUCAAAGUUUUGACGGACCCUCCAAAAGAUACCUAUGACUCAGUUCCAACGGCUGCCUCCACCCCUCCCCUAUGGUCAUAUUUUGGCCAUUUGACAACUGGCCCAUAUUUAUGGCCAUUUGCACUGUCCCAUAGUCAUUUGACCACAGUUUACAAUGUUUUGUUGAAAAACUUCCAGUUUUUGACAAAAACAGCCUACAGUGAACAAUUAAUUUGAUUAGUGACCAUGGAAUUCACUUAAUGACCUUGGUGUUCACUUUACGACUGUAGCAAAUGUCAUAAAAUCAGGUCUGAGCACAUGAUGACCCUCAACCUUCAUGAUUUAUAACUGUAAUGGGCAGUUUACAAUACAGUUAUAAGUGAAAAACUAUCUGUAAUUGUAGGAUCCUUGGUGCUCUCUGACCUUGAUUGUUUUCUCGCAGACAUUUCAUUACCAAACUAGGUAAAAUCAUUACUGCACUACUGAUCAUGAGCUAGAAAUAUUCUCUUCUAUUGGUACUACUUAUAAUCUUCCCUAAUGGAUUAGGCAGCUAGUUGAUGACAUAAAUUGUACUGAAUUACAGUAGGUUGGGGAAUGCUACUCUGUUACCACUAUUCUUUGCUGUAAGGUGGGAAAUAUCUUUAAUAACUAAAUGUUGCAUAUUUCUGUGCUUAUAAAACUUACUGCAAUGGCACUCUCAGCAUAGAGUUCAGCUCAAGAAAAUAACAUUGGAGAUUUCAGUAGUGAAAAGCUAGAAAAAACACAGAAGUAGGUAACCAAAAUGAUUGGGGUUUGAACAUCUUCCUUUCAGUUCUUUUGGAACUUUUUAGCUUAGAAAAAUGGUGAGGAUGUGAAAAUAGAUGGGAUUGAAGUUUAAUCGUUCUCUAAUUGUUCAAUCAUUCCUACUCUACUUCAUCAAUUGUUGGGAUUUCCCCCACCCUCCCUCUUAAGAUACUAGGCCAAGAGGUCAUCCAAUAAGGUGGAAGAAAUUUUAAAUAGACAACAAUUUCUUCAAAUAGUGCAUAAUUAAUUGCUGGAAUUCAUUACCCUGAAUGUAGUAAUGGACACUAAUUUGAAUGGCUUUUAAAGGGCUUGGAUGAAUUCAUGGAGGACACUCCCAUCACAGGUGUCUUGAAUCUUGAAGAUUUUUUUUAAGUUUUUUUGUUUUAUAUUGUGAACUAUCCAAAUCAGUUGGAGUAGGAUAGUUUCUAAAUUAAAUGAAUGAAUAAAAAUAAAUAUCCCUAUUACUUUGAAGUUGGGAUCCACACAUUUUAAAUUUCUGUCAUGAUGGACAUAAUGAGAACAUAGUUGUACUUUGGCAUUCACAUGGCACUUGUGUGGUCUAAAAAUAAGGAGGAAUUUCUUCUUUAGGAAUUGUUAAGAAAAGAAGAGAAAAGGAAACUGUAAGCAUUGUAAAUGUCUUCAUGUAAAUUAUUACACAGCCACAACUGGAAUACUGUAUAUAGUUUUAGUUUCUGCACCACAAAAAGUACAAAAUAAAAAACCAAAUGCUCAAGAGGCAGUAACAACUUCCUUAUGAUGGAAAGUUUGGGACAUUUUACCUCAGAAAAAUGGACACAAGGGGACAUAACAAUAGCAACAUAUUAAAUUUGUAUACCACCCAAUCUUCAGUGAUUGGGUUUCUCACAAAAAUCAAACAAAUUAUAAUAAAAUAAAUAAAACAUAAAAAGGAUAAAAGGUGCAAGCAUGGUGAGCAGGAGGUCUCUCCCCCCCCCCCCCCCAGGCCUGGAUGAAGAGCCAAAUCUUCAUGGCUCUUCUAAACAAUGGCAGAAUAGGGGCCAGCUGGAUCUCAGGAGAAACCUCAUUCCAGAGUGUAGCUGCUGCCAUAGAGAAGGCAUCCUCUGGAGAUCCCAAAAGAUGACAUUGUUUUUAAAGGAAUUGGAACACCCCAGCAUCAAAUUGGCUGGGCAGAUACUGGCAGUCCCUCAAGUAACAAGACCCUUUAGCACCUUGAAUUGCACCAAGAAAACCAGCAACCAGUGCAGCAAUCAGGCUACAAGAUGCUCAGGUCAUGUGUAACUGAUAGAGAACUAUGCAUAGUAUAGAAAAAAGUGGGUGCUAGAACGUGAGUUAUAUAAUCUAAAUUGUGAGAGACAAAUAGAGAAAGACAAAACACAGUUAUAAAAUCCAUAGGGAAACAUUGGAAUUUGCAGAAAUAAAAUAGAAUGAGACCUUUACCCCCAUAAAUCUGUCUUGUAACAUUAUACUUGUACAGUAUUGUGGCCAAAUGCCCUUUAAUACUAGUUUUCGAAAAACAAGAUUAUUUUGCUUGGCUUCUGCCCAUGGGCUUCUCAAAGCCACAAAAAAUGCUGGAUUUGAUAGAUUUUUUUUGUCUGCUUCAGUAAUGCAUAUCUUGUUUCCUAUGAGUCACCUUAGUUUUGUACCUCUGCCUAGAAGUGGCUGUCCAGUCUCUUCUUGAAAGCCUCCAGGGAUGAGGCACCCGCAACUUCUGAAGGCAAGCUCUUCUAAUGAUGGAUUGUUCUCACGGUCAGAAAAUGUUUCCUUAUUUCUAGGUUUAAUCUCUCCUUGAUCAGUUCCCAUCUAUUGUUUCUUGUCUGACCUUCGGGUAUUUUUGAAAAUAGGUUGUCCCCCUUCUCGCUGUGACAGCCCCUCAAAUAUUGGAACACUGGUUUUAUGUCAUCUCUGGUCCUUCUCUAGUCUAGCCAUGCUCAGUCCUCGCAACUUGGAAACGCCCCUCUUUGCAAUGUAUUUUGCAAAUCAUAAAAUAAUUUAUAAAGGUUGCAGAAUUCGUUUUUUCUGAUGAAGAAUUUAGGUUAUUUUAAAUAAGUGUCUUACUUUAGAAUAAGUAUGGCCUUGCUUGUAGCACCCUCCUUCCUAUUUCUAAUUAUCUGUGAGCAGAAAACUCAAAGUGACAUGAGGCAUCAUCAGAAUAUCUCUAUGUUUCCCAAUUUAAAGUAAUAUACAAAAAUAAUCCAACCUGGGUGAUCUUUACUUUCUUUAUGUGAUAAUUUAGGAUAUACAUUGGUUUAAAAAUUGUUUUUAAACACUGUGCUUCAACUAAACCAAUAUGCUCUUGGUGGCUUUAGGUUGAUAGCAACUUGUAAUCUCAUGCAAUAUCAGAAAAUGACCACUAGAUGUCCUUCUUACCUAAUUAUACAUGGAUUUUUCCUUCUUCCUCUCUCAACCUUUAGGCUUCAUUUAGUUUUAGUUUUCUUGGCAGAGGUACAGAAUCGGUUUGCCACUGCCUUCUGAGAUGUUUUCAAACUUCCCAGAAUUCAAAUCUAAUCUACAAUCAUCACAAUUAUUGAGUAUUAUAAUGAAAUCUCAAUUUUCUAGAUCUCCAUACAAUGGACUUCACUUGAUAUCAAAUCUUAGUGGCCAACAGUAAAUCUCCCCCUCUGCUUUCCAAUCCUUAUCCAUUUUAAAAAUCUUACCUUGACUCCAGGCUGUAGAGCAGAGUUCUUCAAACUUGGCCCUUUUAUGACUUGUGGACUUCAACUCCCAGAAUUCCUCAGCCAGGCAUAAAAGGGCCAAAUUUGAAGAACCCUGCUGUACAAUAAGGAACCAAGCAAACAAAAAGAGAAAAUCUUUCUGUGACUUCACCUUGAAAUGUUAGCUGUACAACAAAAUGGAGAAUGCUUUGCAAACUUAGUUGUACAUCUGACUACUUGUAAAACCUCAGCUAGAACUUAAAGGCUAGACUGUAGACUGAGUCUUUAUGUAGUUUUGAUGUGUUGCUCAUAACUUUGAACCAUUUUUAAAUGGAAUGUUAUUUCUCAGGACUACCUGUAUGACCGUGGAGUGCCUUCGUAUAGUUCAGUUUAGUAUUCCAGUUGUGGCCAUUCCUUGAGUAGGAAAAUCUGGCCACUUAUGCUUUUAUCACCAUCUGGUAGAACCUCUGCACUAUUUUCUGUGUGGGGCUGCCUUUAAAGUCUACUUGGUAUCAGAUGAUCCAAAAUCCAGCAACCUUGAUGCUGAUGACUGAUACUUAUGACCAUAAUUAUGACCCUAAACUGCUUACUACUGUAAUAUGUUUGUAAGUGCAGUUCAACAUACUAAUUUUGACUUAAAGAAUUAUUAUUUCUUGGCAUUAAGAUAAUCUGCAGGAUGAACUUCUCCAACCAGAAUCAAUCCAUCUGUGGAGGUUCUCUCUGGAAAAACUGCUGCCGAUGCCCUAAGUUUGAGGCCUAAGGGAGCCUGAAACUGAAAGCAAUUUUUCUAUCAGCAUGCCAAUUCUCUGGAACAGCUCUGCCCUGGAAGCUAGACCAGCAGUUUCAGUGAUGGCCUUUUAGAAAUAAGUAAAAGCAGGAUUGUUCUGGAGGACUUUUAGGGAACGACCAAUCAUCAUUAAUCAAUUUAUUUUUGUUAUAUAAUUUUAUUUAUUUGCUUUCUUUAUCUUUUUGUUACAUUUGUUAGAUUUUCCAUUAUAUUGUUGGAAAGUAAGUUGAUUUAUUUUGAAUGUUCUACCAUAAUUUAUUAUAACAGGAAUCCCCAACCCCCACUACUGGGUCUUGAGCCCUUUGGAACUGGGCCACGGACGUGGCAGGCAAGCUCUUGCAUGUGUGGGGAUCGACACUUGCAUGAGCAGUAGGCACUUGCACUCCAUUUGCGUGAACUGUGGGCAUGCAUGUCAGCUGCUUGCACAAAUGGAGCUGAGCCCACACAUGCAUGCUUGCCCACCACUCAUGUGAAUCAUCCCCUCUCUCCCCCCCCCCUUCCCCUGGCUGGUCUACAAAGCUAAAAAGCUUGGGGAACUCUGUAUUAUAACAUACUUUUUUUUUUCUUGUGAGUUAUUAUUGAGCCUCUUUGAAUUAAUUCUCAGUAAUAAUAUCAUAAUCAUCGGAGGCUGGGCCAAAGUUAACCCAAAAUCUUGUGAAUGUAGAAAGUGAUUUAGGGAGCAUAGAAUUAACGCACUCAUAUCACCUACUUGCUUGCAUACAAUUGCUAUAAUCUAAUAUGUAGUUUAAAACUAAAGCAUGCCUAAUUAUCAGAGAUCUGUGACAUAGAGUUAGUAUAAAUAUGGGCAAAGGAACUUUUAUGUCAAGAAUUAUAAAUUGAACUGAGUUUUUGUUGUAUAAAUUAACAUCACAUUGCAUCACAAAUUAGCCUACUUCAUAUCAAAUUGAAAAGAAAUAAAUUUGGCUCCACUUUUCUAUGCAGACCUCAAUUUAUUCUAAAUUGAGCCAAACAGAAGUCUCAGUUCAAUGUGUCCUAGCGUUUUUAGCUAGGACAAGAGACGGAGCAUUUCACUGAGAUUUGAAAUGCAUAUUAUACUUUUUGAAGCACUAAUAAACAGGCACCUUCCGCUCACUGAUUUUGCUUUUAAGAACAUCAUCAAUCCCAGCUUUAACGAUAACAGGACAGUGUGGACACUGCUAAUCAAUCAGCUGAGAGACAUAAUAUUAUAAACUCUUUGAAGCAGCUGCUGCAUCCUUUCUCUACAUAUUGGAAAUGGAAGGUGACACUUGUUGUCCAGAUGCACUUUGUUUUUAUCUUGUUGGGAAUAUUAAUUGCUUCUGCAAAUAAAAUCUAUUUGCUUAUUUUCAAGUGAAUUUCGUUUCUUCCUCAAGAGGUAGCUUUGAAUUUGGGAAAACAACAUUCAUUCCUUUUCUCUUCUUCCUUCACUAUCCGCUUCCCAGUAAACUUUCUUUGCUAACUCUUGUGCUGUUGCCAACCUCUCUUCUAGGACUAGAGCAGCAGCUUUCUUUAUAAUUUUGCCUUCCAGAGAUAUUGGGUGUAAGUUCCUGAAGUUCCUAGCCAGUAUGUCCCCAUGGUUUUAAGAAAUGAAAAAAAAAAAAA